ACUAUGGCAGUUGCAAACCAGCAUGGAUGUCUUUGUUUGGCCUUAAUCUUCAUAUUUGGAACUAAUUUAGUCUUUCAAGCCACUGCCCGCACUCUUCCCAUCCAAGAUUCAGCAAUGUUUGAGAGGCAUGAGCAAUGGAUGGCACAGUAUGGACGAGUAUACAAGGACAGCAACGACAAGGAAAAACGUUUCAAGAUUUUCAAAGAAAAUGUGGCUCGUAUCGACGCUUUCAACACUGCUAAUGGCAAGCCUUACAAGCUUGGCAUCAACCAAUUUGCAGAUCUUACAAACCAAGAGUUCACAGCCUCUCGGAAUAGAUUCAAGGGCCACGUGUGUUCCAACACAGCUACUUCCUUCAAGUAUGAAAACGUCACUGCAGUACCAUCUGCCAUGGACUGGAGACAGAAAGGAGCUGUAACACCCGUCAAGGACCAAGGCCAAUGCGGAUGUUGUUGGGCGUUCUCGGCUGUGGCAGCAAUGGAGGGGAUCAACAUGAUUACAACCGGUAAGCUAAUCUCUCUCUCGGAGCAGGAGUUGGUUGACUGUGACACCAAAGGCGAGGAUCAAGGUUGUCAAGGUGGUCUGAUGGAUGAUGCAUUCAAGUUCAUCCAGAAGAAUCAAGGCCUAACCACUGAAACCGAUUACCCCUACAAGGGAGUUGAUGGGACUUGCAAUACCAACAAGGAAGCUAACCACGCAGCCAAGAUAAAUGGAUAUGAAGAUGUGACUGCAAACAGUGAGACGGCAUUAUUGAAGGCUGUCGCCAAUCAACCAGUUUCUGUUGCUAUUGAUGCUGGGGGUUCCGAAUUCCAGUUUUACUCGGGUGGUAUUUUUACAGGAGCUUGUGGAACUCAGCUAGACCAUGGUGUUACCGCUGUUGGUUAUGGAGUUGGCGAUGAUGGGACUAAAUAUUGGCUGGUGAAGAACUCCUGGGGCACGAGCUGGGGUGAAAAGGGGUACAUCAGGAUGCAGAGAGAUGUUGAUGCAAAGGAAGGCCUCUGCGGUAUAGCAAUGGAAGCUUCUUACCCUACUGCAUAA